AUGUCUCUUCGCCUUUCCAGUGGAUCCAAGAGGUCCUAUGCUCGUCCCAGCACAGGAUCGCUCAGGGGCGCCAGCUUUGGUGCUGCAAAUGCUUGUGGCGUAGCAGGCAUUGGAAGUGGCUUCUCCUGCGCCUUUGGGGGCAGCUCCACAGGAGGAAACACGGGGGUGGCCAACUCCUGUGCUGGCUUCACUGUGAAUGAGGGGGGCCUCCUCUCUGGCAAUGAGAAGGUGACCAUGCAGAACCUCAAUGACCGCCUGGCCUCCUACCUGGAUAAUGUACAAGCACUUCAGGAGGCCAACGCUGACCUGGAGCAGAAGAUCAAGGGCUGGUAUGAAAAAUUUGGACCUGGGUCGUGCCGCGGUCUCGAUCAUGACUACAGUAGAUACUUCCCCAUCAUUGAUGAUCUUAAAAACCAGAUCAUCACUUCCACCACCAGCAAUGCCAACGCCGUUCUGCAGAUUGACAAUGCCAGGCUCACGGCUGAUGACUUCAGACUCAAGUACGAAAACGAGCUGGCCCUCCACCAGAGCGUAGAGGCUGACGUGAACGGGCUGCGCAGGGUUCUGGAUGAAAUCACUCUAUGCCGCACUGACCUGGAGAUUCAGUACGAAACCCUGAGUGAGGAACUGACUUACCUCAAGAAGAACCACAAAGAGGAAAUGCAGGCUCUGCAGUGCGCGGCCGGAGGUAACGUGAAUGUGGAGAUGAACGCAGCCCCGGGCGUGGACCUCACCGUCCUGCUGAACAACAUGCGAGCCGAGUACGAGGCCCUGGCUGAGCAGAACCGCAGGGACGCCGAGGCCUGGUUCCAAGAGAAGGUAACUCUCGCCGGACAAUGCUGCCCCUCUGUGUUUUGUGCUGUUCCCCAAACUAAACUCUGCCCCUCUUGGAUAUCACUUCAGAGCGCUUCGCUGCAGCAGCAGAUCACCGAGGAUGUGGGCGCCACCACCUCAGCCAGGAAUGAGCUGACGGAAAUGAAACGUACGCUCCAAACCUUGGAGAUUGAACUACAGUCUCUCCUGGCCACGAAACACUCUCUGGAGUGCUCCCUGACCGAGACCGAGGGCAACUACUGCACGCAGCUGGCUCAGAUCCAGGCUCAGAUCAGCGCCCUGGAGGAGCAGCUGCACCAGGUGAGGACGGAGACCGAGGGCCAGAAGCUGGAAUAUGAGCAGCUGCUGAAUGUCAAGGCCCACCUGGAGAAGGAGAUCGAGACCUACUGCCUCCUCAUAGGAGGAGACGAGGGGGCCUGUAAGUCUGCGAGUUACAAGUCUAAAGAUUACGGCUCUGGAAACGCGGGAAACCAAAUCAAAGAUUCCCCCAAAGCCAUAGUGGUUAAGAAAGUCCUAGAGGAGGUGGACCAACGCAGCAAGAUUCUAACCACUAGGCUCCACUCCCUGGAAGAGAAACCUCAAAGCAAUUAGCAAAGAUCAUGAGCAAACGAAGAAGAAAAAAAGCUUCAGAGAAGACAAGGCGUGAAAUGCGUCUGGGAAAUGA